CUAGCAAGCGUUUCAUCGCAGGUUAAGAGAACAAGAGGCCUGUCUUCUCAAACCAGAUUGCAAGAAGCCCUAAAGCCAACAGAAGCAGAAGAAACACUGAACUCUGACCAUGGCUCUCGCUUCUCGUCUCGUUAACAAAUCCAAACUGGUUUGUGCUAGUCAAAUACUUGUACAAAAGGAGCACACCAUCCUGGUCCGUCACUUUGCCAAAGAUUCCGGUCCUCCUGCAUUAAAGGGAGAUCAGAUGUUGAAGAAUGCCUUUUCGGAGGUGAAGACAAAAUUUGAAGCAGCGAUUGGAAUAUUAAGGAAAGAGAAGAUCACUAUUGAUCCGGAUGAUCCAGCUGCAGUUUCUCAUUACGCGAGGAUCAUGAGGACAAUAAGGGAGAAAGUAAGCGCGUUUACUGAAGCUCAACGUAUCAGACACACAAUUCAAACAGAAACACAAGAUAUUCCUGAUGCUCGUACUUAUCUUUUGACUUUGAAGGAAAUAAGAAUUAAGAGCGGUAUUAAAGAUGAUAUGGGUGCAGAGGCCAUGAUGAUGGAAGCAUUGGACAAAGUUGAAAAGGAUCUGAAGAAACCUCUGAUGAGGGAUGAUAAGAAAGGAAUGGGUCUUCUCAUGGCUGAGUUCGAGAAGAUGAACAAAAAACUUGGCAUUCGGAAGGAAGAUCUACCAAAGCAUGAGGAGAAGCUAGAGCUCGAUGUUGCCAAGGCACAACUAGUGGAGCUGAAGAAAGAUGCUCUAGAGGCAAUGGAGACUCAAAAGAAGAGGGAGGAAUUCAAGGAUGAGGAAGCGGUUGAAGCCAAAAACCUGGACAUCAGAAACUUCCUCUAAGGCCUGUCUUUCUUUCUUCUGUUUACAUAACUUGGAUAAUGAUGAAUGCAUUCGCGUUUCUUCAAUAAGUAGACACCAAUUUGGGAGUGCAAUGGCGGUUGAAGAGUUAUUUAACAUCUCUGCAUCUUUAAUAUUUCAACUUCCCGGUGUUAUGACUGGAAAUUGGAGUUAUCAACCUUGAAAUUUUCCCCUUCAGUUUUAUGGCUUUUUUUUGGUUCCCACUCUGUGGAGGCUGGAUUCGAGCCCAUGUACUGUAUAAAGCUUCAUUAAGUCCUGUCGUCCCAUUCCAUGAUUAGGGCGAGUAAUCUCAUAUGCUAACCCCAUCGUCUGGAACUCUGGAUUUUCUCAGAGACGGAGGAUUAAUCAAAGUCCAUUGAAUACGCA